GUCCCCUUCAUCUCGCCUCAAAGUGGAUGUGCCCCUCCUCCUCCUCCUGCACUGUCGACGUCUGCUCCGGCGGAUUUACCCGAAUCUACCCGGGUGAGAUUUCAUGAAGACCCAUUAAUGAAUCCUGGCACUCUGGAAAAGAAACAUGUGAAAACAGGCCCUUCUUGUGCCAUUAAGACUCUUUAAUGAGAAAAGUGUCUUUUUUUAGACUUUUUAAAUAUAGACCUGAGGUCAUGGACGAGUGAUUUCCGAGGGAUUCUUGAGGGUGUCAUAACGGAGCCGUCUCCAUAAUGUGUGACCGAGGAGAGCCCUUUGGCGACGGGGAGUUGAGGAAUAACAACCAGGGAGGCGGCAUGGUUGCCGGCGGCGAUGCAAACGCCAAUGACAUUGAGACAGAGGAUGCUGGGAGAACUGGAGACAGCGGCUCUCUGUCAGGACCGCUGACUGUGACGGCGGAGCAGGACAGAGUCGUCAUCUGGGGCACAGAUUCUCAGUGUGAUGACCCCGACCUGGCCGAGUUCGAGAUGCUGGAGUGUCAGGAGCUGGAGGCGUAUCUGGUGGAGGACGGGGAGGACUUUGUUGGGAUUGCAGAGCGGGAGGAGCUCCAAGAGCAGGAGCAUCAACAUGCAACUGGCUCUGGUGUGUCUGAAAACAAAGAGACAUCCAGGACCGAACUGAGCUCUGAAACCGACGUCUUUGUGACCUGCCUGUCCAAUAUCUCAAGCAUCGCCAUGGCUACCCCGAUGACGGACUCAGGGCACGUUGCCUGCGGUUCUCACGUCACCCUAUCAGAGGACCUGACUCUGGCUUCACAAACGUGUGGCACCAUCUCUGAGAGAGAGAGGGACUCUCAAAGAGAUGAUCCCCCCUCCCUCUUGUCUAGAAAAAGCACAACACACCAGAAAGACUUGGACUUAAAUCUGAAUUCAACCCUUCCCUCUGAGGACGAUGCAUCGCAGGCACAAGGUAGCGAUGGAGUCGUUGAUGAGCACAAAGAGAACAAUAACCAGAGGAAUGAAGCAGACGAAGGAGGUUGUGAUUAUACUGAGCAACCGGAUUCAUCUUCUGCAAAAAAGUCAAGUGACGAAAGCAAUUCUAAAAUGGAUAAAAGCACACAAGCUGACGAAACCCCGCCGGCUAAGACAGACACGAAAGCGACUCAGUCAACAACCGAAUACAAAGCCAUCAAGAAACAGGGUUCAUUUGAUAACACAUUAAAGACACAAAACGCUUUCGACAAGGCUUAUAAAAAGCAGCCUUCGUUCGAGAAUUCUUUCAAGAAGCAGCUCUCUUUUGACAACAGCUUAAGAAAACCGGGCUCCUUAGAGAACACCACCGCCUCCACCUCUUCGAGCCUGGAGAGGAGGAAGCCGUGGGGAAACCCCGGUCGACCAGCAACGCCGACGUCUCCCAAAACUACCUCCUGUUCCCCCAAGAGACGGCCGCCCGGUUCUCCGGCGAGAGUGCAGGGCGGCCGGGCGCUGAGCCUGGAGCGUGCCAACUCCCCUCAAAGAGGCACGAGUCCCUCUCACAGGCCCACAGGCAAGACAAACUUGAACAGCGGCAUUCCCAAACCUGUCAUACCUCAACAGAAAGAGGCCGACGCCAGCAGACCUCUGCCUCCUCAGAAGCCCAAGAAUGUCCGACCAAAAAUCAUCACAUAUGUCCGGAAGAAUACGCAGGCCAGACCACAGGACGCCGAUCAUCCGCAUGAAACCUCCACAAACCCAGCGAGGUUAACUUCUUACUCUGGGGCACCAGCUCACAAAGAUUCAAAAGUUGUUCCCCAAUCUAGAUCUGCGCCGGUGCUCAGUACCUCCAACCUGCUUUACGACAAAUACCGGCAGGAGAUGCAGAAGGCUGGUUAUUACUCUCCAGGCACCGCUGCCACCGGGCCAAAACCACCAGGUAGCGCCGGGCCUCAAAGAGUGGGGGGGAAGUCGGAAAGUUUUCAUGAAGAGAUGUCCAUGAAAUAUCUCCAAGAGGAUGUUUCCCAAGAGGGGCGGGUUGUAUAUCGGCCGACCAGAACCCUGAGGCCUCAGCUGGGGUUGGGGGCGGUCACCAGGCAGCCGGCGGCCAAGACCAGGCUUCAGCAGACGGGUCAGAAGUCAGCUCCGGCCUCGUGUCAGUCCGCCCUGGCGGCCAGGACGUCCAUCCCGGGCCAGCAGGAUCUGGGAGGAGAGCAGAGGAAGUCGGGUACAGAAACCAGCCCCAAAAGCCUCCUGCUCAAGUCGGGCCAGUCCGGUCUCCGUGCACCGGGCUUCUCCGCACUCCCCGCCACCCGGCUGGCUGCCUUUGGCUUCGUCCGGAGCUCCAGCGUCUCAUCCGUGUCCAGCAACCAGUCCAGCGACAGCAGCCAGAACGAGCCCUGCCGACCCUCUCAGCAUCCCAGCGGCGGCAGCGAUCACACACCUCUAGAUAAGGCUCCCCCUGCUCAGACCCGGCCUCAGCCUCCCAACGCCCCGAGCCUGCACCGGCGAAGUCUUCCUCCACAGCGCUGCUCCCCGCUCGCUCAGAGGAGAGAAUUGCAGAAAGAUGCAGAAGCCACGCUUUCACCAAAAUCCUCCCCCAAAAGGUUUGCUGUGAUUUCACCCAAGCCACAGUCCCCCGCUCGCGGACAGACGACGGCGGUUCAUGGUGCUAUCCGGACCAUCAGAGCACAGGAGCUGGACCGGGCUCUGAUCCAGCAGCUUCAGGAGCGAUGCGAGCAGCAAGACCUGCAGCUGCAGAGCCUGCAGGCUCAGCUGAAGAAGGCCUCCUUGUGCCUGGACGUUUUCAGCAUCACCACUCAGCACUUUUGUCACAAGAGCGAGAGUGCCAUUGUGAAGGAGAGGGAGCUAUCCCUGGAGCUCGCCAGAAUCAGGGAUGAAGUGGCGUUCAGCGUUGCGCACUGGGAGCAGCUGCAGCAGGAGAAGGAGGGCCUGGAGCGACGCUUUGAGGCUGAGCUGCAGGGGUUGCAGGCUCAGCAGCAGAGAGAGCUGGGAGCUUUGGAGGAGCGGCUGAGGGCCCGUCACGCCGACGAGACCGAGAACCUGCAGGCCCGGCAGCGGGCCGAGCUGGAGGAGCUGCGGCUCACGCAGCGAGAACAACUUGAAGAGAUGGGAGAGAACCAUGAGGCGUCCUUGAUGGAAAUGGAGACGACCCACAAUGACACCUUGGCCACCCUGCAGGAGGAGCACGCCAGGACCAUAAAGAAUCUGAAGAUGGCCCACGAACAGCAGAAGAAGUCUCUGGAAGAAGAGUUCCAUAAGAUCAGACUGUCACUACAGGAUCAGGUGGACACACUGACGUUUCAGAACCGAAGCCUCAGAGACCGAGCAAAGCGCUUUGAGGAAGCUCUUCGUAAGAGCACAGAUGAGCAGAUAGUGGAUGCUUUGGCUCCAUAUAAACACAUCGAGGAGGACUUGAAGAGCCUUAAAGACGUUCUGGAGAUGAAGAAUCAACAAAUCCAUCAGCAGGACCUGAAGAUUUCAGAACUGGAGAAAAUACAGGCUGAAAAGAAUGUGUACCUGGAGGAAAGAGUACAAGUGUUGCAGCAGCAGAACGAAGACCUGAAGGAGCGGAUAGACAAGAAUCUUGCAGUGUCCAGGCACCUCUCUGAAGAAAACGCCAACCUGCAGGUGAACGUGGAGAAGGAGAGCAACGAGAAGAAGCGCCUGAGUCGCACCAACGAGGAGCUGAUGUGGCGUCUGCAGACGGGCGAGCUGAGCCCGCGCAUGUCCCCCAGCGCCUCCCCCAUCCACCGGCCGCUCUCCGGCCCAGGCUCCCCUGCCCGCCCGCACUCCUACCACCAAUGACGCCCUCGGUGGAAGCCCCCGUAUCCAACGUGUCAUCUUCUCAGUGUCGGCUCGAUGCUCCUCUCAGUUUAAAGAGGAUUUUAAAAUUGACAGACUUAGCAGUACAACUAAGUUUUCUUUGUUGGGAAAAUGGAAUUUCACCCGUGUGAAGAAUUUUCCAAAGUCAAACCACUGAAAUUUUAAAUCUCUGACCUAAUGAAUUGUAUCGACGAUCACGCCUCUGAUUAUUCAAGAGGGAGUCCUCAGUCUUUUUCUACUCGGCAGGAAACUCCCCGAAAGAAACCCAGCAGAUGCGAUAGGCGGCCAUUGUGGAUUUUAGAGAGCAGACUAGACGUCAUGUUGCCCCCAUUUCCAUGUUUUCACCUCCAUCUUCACCUCGAUGUUCCCUCUCUGUGCUCAGGAUGAUGGACGAACAGGACAAAGAAAACAUGAACAUUGCAACAACUAAACACAAGAAGCGCCUUCUGCCAUCCAUUCUCUCCCACCAGCAAUUCUUUGGGGUUCAAAUCCAAAAAGCUACCUACGGUCAGUCACUCUCAACGUGUAGAUUCUCUUCGGGGGCAUGUUAGACUUUUCAAACUGAAACUCAUGCAUCAGGACUACAGUACGUGUGUGAAUCCAUCCUCAGCGGGUCAUCCGACUUCAUUCUCAAACAGCCGUCCAUCAGUGUUGAACUAAAUCGUGCGGCUACGACAAAAUAAGGACUCAUAAACCCAGUGAACUGCCAACACAGUGUAACCCCAUUAUCAACGUUUGUUAGUAACCUCUGCACAUAUUGCUCUCCUCAAAUUGUCUUCCAGUUACGGCAACCUCACAUUUAACUUUACUUACCUUGUGAUGCUUAGGAGAAGAGGGCCAAAGAAGCAACACACAUCAAAUCAAACUCCUAUUAAAACUUAUCAUGAGUUAUGAAGAAUCAUGUCGAGAAAUAGUCAAAGUAUGGUUGAGUUUGCUCCCCUGCAAAAUUGUAAUCGAACCCCUGCAACACAAAUCCCACCAAAGAGGAAAUCCUUAGAUAAAAGUCUUUAUUAUGUACUAUACAGUACCCGUCACAUGCCUUGAUUUGAUUGCUGCAGAAUAAGCCAUAAAUGCUGCAGACAAUUCAAAAUAUUCCCGCGUCUCAUCGCAUUUGAAUUCAUCACAGCAUCAUUUCCUCGCCUCUUUAAAGAGCACUCUUGCACUCAGCUCCUGCAGCCAGCUGGGAUUGUUGCAGUUUUCCGUGUCGCUUAAUAUUUCUGUAUAUACGGCCCCUGAAGUCCCAUCUCUGUAACUCCGGGUGACUUUUGCCGACAUCUGCUGAAAUGCUUGCAUGCAAAUCCUACUGCAAUGUUACCUCAUUCUUCUCAUUGUAAAGAUUUACUCUCAGGACUUGAGAAACAAAGUCAUCAAAGGGAAGCAACUGCCAUAACUUUGAUUUUUAGUUAUUUAUUUUACUUUCUUCAUGUUUACAUACAGUAAUCAGUCAUCUCUAAAGGUCUGUUUUGCAAGAUAUUCUUUGUAUACAAUAAAUUGGAUGCUAGCGUCAAAUAUAAAUAUCUUAAAAUAGUUGAGUGCGAUGUAUAAAAAAAAUAAAUUGAGAUAGUGUUUUAAUGCGCUCUUACAUAUGCAUUAUGGUAUUUCUUUUAUACAGAUGUGACAUGAGGUAAUGUGCUCAAAGAAGAAUUUAGUUGUAGCUGCAUUUAGUUUUUUGGACACUAAGAUGAUUAUGUUAAUCUGGGUUGGUUCUGCUGAGUUCUGAGAAGAAGUGAAAUUGCCUUUCUCUCCAUCAGGUACUCCGAUUGCACUGAUUCCCCCUGUGUCCUGUGGACACCGUCUUCUACCCGUGUACUGAAUGUUUGUUCGACACUAGAUUAAGAGCUUUUUGUUUACAGUUCACACCCGUGACGUUAGGAGUGGGUUGGUCACUGACGGCAGCACUUCUGGUGAUUGUUUACAGGACUUACGUUGUGAAGAUUGUAUUCAGUAUUUCAGAAAUUUUAGCUCUGGAUGAAUUUAUAUGACAGCAUGUCUUUUAGCUGGUUGUACCCCCCUACUCCCAUUUUCUUGUAAAUUCCAUACAGUUAUUUAUUCGCACUCUUUCAUAGCAUAGCUGGUUAAAUUCUUGUGGUCAAAGUAAAUGGCUAUUCUGUAUAUGUUGCACUUUGAAUUUGAGUAUUAAACCACAUUAAGCAUAAGAAUUGCAUCCAUGUAAGCGUUUGUGUUUCUAUAUGUUGUAUUUAAUUGUGAUAUAAAGCUUAUUUUUUCU